AACAAUCGGCAGACAGCAAACCCAUCCGGCCCCCAAACCAUCCCACUCGCUGCUGCCGGCUUGCAUCCGAACCCUAGCCGUUCUCGAUGGCGAUCGCGCAGUCUUCGGCGGCCUCCCAUCUCCCAUUUUCCAAUGACCCCCUCCAUCUGCUCGUCGAAAUGCUCGAACCAACCUAGUUAUAGCUACGUUGGCUGCAGACCAAGAUACCUCGUAAUGUCAUCAUCAUCGUUCAUUGAGACAACUUCACUAUGUAGGAGUAGCCUGAUAUGGGAUAGGAUACGAUCUCAUUUUGCCCUUUAGCAGACUGGAACAGAAUUAGAGUAUGGUUACAACUUCUCCGUAAUCUUGUUGACAUCAGAAAGUGGCAGACUAGUCGGGCCAUGAAUAUGGCAGAACGCGGUGGCAAGUUCAUCUUCUUGAUGGUUUCUUGCAGGGGAGAUUUUAACACAUAAUUUACGAACCAAUCGCUUUGUAUGAGAAUGCUUGGUUUGAAAAUGGGAAUGAGUCCUGUGGGAAGCUUGAGAAAAGAACUCUAUGAACAAUUCAGACUCUUGAAACUGCACAUAUGCUGGGAAAUAACGGGGUAUUCACGUUUCUGUUCUACAAGAAAAAGGCCCAUGAAAAUUCUCCAGGAUGUGAAGGGGAUAAUAAGACCAUCAAGGUUAACACUUGUCCUUGGACCACCAGGAUCAGGAAAAUCGACCUUCUUAAGAGCCUUGUCAGGGAAGUUGGAUAGCACCUUAAAACUAAAGGGGCAGGUUUUGUAUAAUGGAGAAGAGCUUAGUCCUUCUACCUCUGGGUACAUGUGUGCUUAUGUUAGUCAGCACGAUCUUCAUCAUGCUGAGAUGACUGUAAGGGAGACAUUGAAUUUUUCUGGUGCUAUGUUGGGAACAAAUGAUGAGUUUGAGAUGCUGGGAGAAGCAGUAAAAAGGCAGAAAGCUACUGUCAAUAAACUGGACAUGGAAAUUGAUGCCUUUGCCAAGGCCACCACCUGUGGAGAGGGAAGCAAUCUUACAACUAACUAUAUUAUAAAGAUGCUGGGCUUAAGCGAAUGUGCUGAUACCAUAGUAGGAGACGAGAUGAGAAGAGGAAUAUCGGGAGGACAAAAAAAGCGAGUUACAAUUGGUGAGAUGCUAGUUGGGCUUGCAAGGUGCUUCUUCAUGGAUGACAUAUCGACUGGUCUAGAUAGUUCCACCACAUUUGAGAUCAUCAAGUUUCUUCGUCAAAUGGCAUAUUUGAUGGAUCUCACCAUGGUCAUUUCACUGCUCCAACCACCGCCCGAGACAUUUGAGUUAUUUGAUGACUUAAUCCUAUUAUGUGAUGGACAAAUAGCUUAUCAAGGCCCUCGAGAAAAUGUUCUUGAAUUUUUUGAGUCUGUGGGCUUUAAAUGCCCUGAGAGGAAGAAUGUAGCGGACUUCCUUCAAGAGGUCAUCUCGAAAAUGGACCAAGCACAAUACUGGGCUGGCAACCAAAGUGAAUAUCGCUAUGUUUCAGUCGAAAAAUUUGCAGAGUCUUUCUGGUCUUUUCAUCUCGGACGACUUCUACAAGACAAGCUUCAUAUGACAAAUAAUAUUACAAACGGCAGCGGAACAAACCAAUUGAACGGAAGCGGCAAACUUUCAAAAUGGAGAGUUUUUAAGGCAUGCUUCUCCAGGGAACUACUAUUACUUAAGAGAAACUCUCCAGUACACAUUUUCAAGACUAUACAAAUAGCAUUUAUUGCUUUUGUGAUUAUGACGCUUUUCCUUAGAACUGAAAUGCAUCACCGUACAGUUGAAGAUGGGAACAAGUAUAUGGGAGCGAUCUUUAUGGGAGUUGUGAUAGUGAAUUUCAAUGGUAUGACCGAGCUAGCGAUGACUAUUAGGAGGCUUCCAAUCUUUUAUAAGCAGAGAGAGCUACUAGCUUUGCCUGGGUGGGCUCUUCUUUCUUCAAUUUUCAUUCUUAGUCUCCCAAUAUCACUUGUUGAGACAGGUAUCUGGGUUAGCUUGACAUACUAUGUCAUUGGCUUUGCACCUUCAAUAAUCAGGUUCUUACUGCAGUUCUUGAUACUUUUUGGCGUGCACCAAAUGUCCCUUAGCCUUUAUCGCUUCCUUGCUACUUUAGGAAGAACUCAAGUUAUGGCAAAUAUGCUAGGGACUGCAACUCUUAUUGCAAUUUUCAUUUUUGGGGGCUUUGUCAUCUCAAAAGAUGACCUUCGACCAUGGAUACGUUGGGGAUAUUGGACCUCUCCCUUUACUUAUGCUCAGAAUGCAGUAGCAAUGAAUGAGUUCCUCGACCAGAGAUGGAAUACGAAAUUUCAGUAUGGAAGCUUCAUUAGCACUACUCUUGGCAAAGCUGUUCUCCAAUCUCGAGGGUUGGUCACAGAUUGGCACUGGUUCUGGAUUUGUUUCAUUGUUUUACUUGGGUUCUCUGUGGUCUUCAAUAUUCUUAGCAUAUUUGCCUUGGAGUUCCUCAACCCUCCAUACAAGCAUCAGGUCACCAUUGAGGCCAAAGAUGAAAAGCAGAUGGAACAUACUAAUGAAAAAGUGGGCAAUGGAACAGUGUCAAGGCACCAAGUUGCUUUACUACUUCAGCCUCUGACGCUUGCGUUCAGCCAUAUCAAUUAUUUUGUUGACAUGCCUGCGGGGAUGGCAAAGUAUGGAAUAACUGAGAAGAGGCUUCAGCUACUACGAGAUGUUAGCGGAGCAUUUAGGCCGGGAGUUCUAACUGCACUAAUGGGGAUCACCGGUGCAGGGAAAACCACGCUAUUGGAUGUGCUGGCUGGAAGGAAAACUGGAGGCUAUAUUGAUGGAACUAUUAGUAUAGCUGGCUAUCCGAAAAAGCAAGAGACCUUUUCUAGGGUUUCUGGUUACUGUGAGCAGACAGAUGUCCACUCACCUUUCGUCACUGUUUACGAAUCUUUGCAGUACUCUGCAUGGCUUCGCCUGCCUUCAAAUGUCGGACUUCAUGAAAGAAAUAUGUUUAUUGAAGAAGUCAUGGAAUUAGUCGAGCUAACACCUUUAAAAAAUGCCAUGGUGGGUCUCCCUGGGAAUACUGGUCUAUCAGCUGAGCAACGAAAAAGGCUUACGAUAGCCGUAGAGUUGGUUUCCAGCCCGUCAAUCAUAUUCAUGGACGAACCAACAUCCGGUUUAGAUGCUCGUGCUGCAGCAAUUGUCAUGAGGGCAGUUAGAAAGACUGUCGACACGGGUCGGACUGUAGUUUGCACGAUCCAUCAGCCAAGCAUUGAGAUAUUUGAAGCUUUUGAUGAGUUACUACUGAUGAAAAGAGGAGGGCAGCUUAUUUACAGUGGUUCUCUCGGUCCUCUAUCUAAGAACAUGAUAGAAUAUUUUGAGGCUAUCCCAGGAGUUCCCAAAAUAAAGAAGGGCCAAAACCCUGCGGCGUGGAUGCUGGACAUUAGUUCGCAUGUGAUGGAAUAUACUAUUGGCAUAGACUAUGCGGAGAUUUUCCGUAACUCUUCACUUUACAAGGAGAACAUGCUUCUUGUUGACGAGCUGAGUAAACCGAAGCCUAACGCAAAGGACCUAGACUUCCCUCCAGGGUACUGGCAGAAUGUUAGAUCACAGUGCAUGGCAUGCUUGUGGAAGCAACACCGUUCGUACUGGAAAAAUCCAGAGCUUAAUGUUGUUCGCCUCGUGAACACAUUCGCGGUAUCACUUUUAUUUGGCACAGUCUUCUGGCAAAUUGGUUCGUCUAUUUCCACGGAGCAGGAUGUAUUCAACAUAUUAGGAGUCACAUAUGGAUCUGCAUUGUUUCUCGGUUUCAGUAAUGCUAGCAUACUACAACCAGUAGUGGGGAUGGAGAGAGUGGUACUCUAUCGAGAGAGAGCUGCUGGGAUGUACUCUUCGAUGCCUAAUGCUAUCGCCCAGAUGGCAAUAGAAAUCCCGUACAUGAUCGUCCAAGUCCUUAUGUUCUCCGUGAUUGUGUAUCCAAUGAUAGGAUUUCAGUUCACAGUAGCAAAGUUCUUUUGGUUCACCUUCUUCAUGGUGUUGAGUUUUAUGUAUUACACACUCUAUGGGAUGAUGACAGUAGCGGUCACGCCGAACAUAGAAAUAGCCGCUGGUCUAUCCUUCCUCAUCUUCAUUAUGUGGAACGUCUUCUCCGGCUUCGUCAUCCCUAGAAGGAUGAUACCGAUUUGGUGGCGAUGGUUGUACUGGGCUGAUCCUGCGGCGUGGACCGUAUAUGGUGUCAUGUUCUCCCAGUUGGGUGAUCGAACCGAGGUCAUCCAUGUCCUGGGAUGGCCGGACCAGACGAUAAACGCGUUCGUCGAGGAAUAUCUUGGAUUACAAGAUAACUAUUUUACACUGAUCAUAAUCCUCCACGCUCUAGUUAUUCUCUUGUUUUCUUCCAUUUUCAUUUUCAGCAUUAAGUACCUAAAUUUUCAAAAGAGGUGAUGAUUUAGGUGCUGUAACUCAUUAGAAAGUAUUGGACUUUCAAUAAGAUGAAGGGUCAUAAUUUGUACAAUAUAAUUCCCUUCGAAGUAAAUCACAAGUUACUUUACUUAUAUCAGUGCAUGUAAGAAGCAAGUGUAAAAAAUCUCUGUUGAAUAAUUAAAUGAUAUCUUGGUAAGGUAUGCUAUUGAGUAUGCA